AAAUGUGUUUCGUGAAGUGCAGUGUGACAUAGCGGCGGGAUGGGGAACUCCUGCAGCUCCGGGCAGGCGCAUAAGGACAAGGACAGCCAGUCCCAGCAUUCUGAAGAGUACAAGUUGAAAUCAUCAACGGGGAAUGAAAGGUCACCGUCCUACCGCUCGCGAGCGAAAGAGAGGGAAGACCAACCAGCGCCGACGCAGUUACUCGAGCCUGCGCCCGCGCACCGGCCGCAGCUGAAGGGACCACGCCCGGUCGGCUCUAGUGUGUCUGACUCCAUCUCCCUAUCUUCUCCAGUGACGUGCGCCUCCCCCCGCGAUGCCGAAGGCCCCCCCAUGCCGAGCGGCGUGGCCUCGCUGCCUGAAGACCAUAGAGCACAGUUACUGGGCAGGCCACAGCAGAGAACGAGACGGAAGAAAGCCAUGCUCAUAUAUGUGUGUGCGGCGGAUUCACAAGACUGUUGCGCGGAAAAAGGCGCACUGCAAUGCGGCGCAGCAGCCCGUUUACGGGUGCGUGCGCGCCGACGCGGCUGGAGGAUCCACGUAGCGGACCUACACUGGCGGUCACCGCUAGAACAACAGCGAGACCAUCGCUUCCCCGUGCUGUGUAUAGCUGAACUUGCACGUCAGUCAGAGCUCGGAGCAGUAGUCCCAGUGUUGUUCCUCAACUCUGGUCUGGGCACGCCGCUCUUGCCCCACACGCUGGAGUGCGCCGACUUUAAGGCGGCGUUAGACGCCGCGCAGGACGAGGCCGACAAGACGCUGCUCAACAAAUGGUACAGCCUAGACGAGAGCAGGACGCCGCCAUGCUACCGUCUCGUUCGCGGCGCGCCGGCGCGCUGGCGUCGCGAGAUGGCGAAGGCACUCAACGUAUUGGUCCGAACCCUGCCUCAGGAGGCGUGCGACGCGUACCUUACAACUGUAGUAGAACAGGAAGUCCAGCACACAGUCCUAAUGAGCGUGGAGGCGGCCCGGCGCUGCGUGUGGGUAUGCCGCGCCGGCGCCGCCGCCGCCGCCGAGCCCGACGCGCCGGACGCCGCGCACCACCAGGAGCUGACGCGCCGACUGCAUAAUUUACAGAAGGAUUUGAAGCUUCAUCUAAGCGAGCGCAAUAUAAUCAGAGCCUCCGUCCGCGGGCGCUCCGCCCCCGGCGGCGAGGACGAGUAUACUGAAGGAGUUCGAUCCGCGCUCGGCGAGCGGCUCGACGCGUUGCUCGACACGCUUAUAGGCGAGAGCGAGGCGCCUGCCGGCUGUAAUGGAAUACCGACCAGCCUGUUCGAUGAGUUGAACGAACACCUCACAUUCUGCCAAAAGUCGGCUCAGAGUACUUCCAACCGAGAGAUCACCCUUAAUGAACUCAAGACAUACGUGACCGGCGACAGUCAAGUCCCACUGGCAUUGAUAGGGGGCGCCGGCUGCGGCAAGGCUACUUUAGUUGCCCGAGCGGCAACAUUGGCACCUACCUGGCAAGAGGAUCUCGCUGUUAUUAUCAGAUUCGUGGGGCUGACUCCGCAGUCGAGUAGCUCGCACCAGCUGCUCAAAUCCAUCGUGGACCAGUGUCAUGUCCUGCACGCUGGCACGCCAUAUCGCGGCAGGAAUGACGUAGCAUCACUGUCAGCGGCGUUACCAAAACUUCUCGGCGCAUUGGGGCGCGCCCGACCGGCGUUACUACUUGUAGUGGGAGCAGAUGCGCUGCGAGGUGCACGGUGGCUGCCUUCACGGUUGCCAGGCAACGUUAAAAUGAUUGUUACAGUCACUGAAGAAACCGAUGAGCCCUCAAGCUCCGCAAUAAUGGCGGUGCUGUCCUCCGAAGACGGCCCUAAAGUCGUCCGCGCGCCGCCGGUCGGAGCCGACGAGGCGCGGGCGGUGCUGGCAGCGUGCGCGGCCGCGUACAGCAAGACGGGAGCGGCUUCACCGCCCGAUGCGGCGGUGAAGGCUGUGCAGAAGUGCACCAUACCGCUUUACGCUAAGAUCCUAGCCUGGCAAAUCUCCCUAUCAGCGGAAACCUUCACCGAGCAGUCCGAGCCCGAAACAGCACCAGAACUGGUCAUCUGCGAGGACCUGGAAGGUCAACUGACGCAGAUCCUCAUCACUACGGAGGCGGCGCUGGGCGCCGAACGGGUUAAGACGUGUUUGGCACUGCUGACGGCCGCGAGGAGGGGGUUGGAUGAUACGGAGAUAUUGGACAUGCUGGCUCACGAUGAGCUGUUUAGGAGCGAAGAGACAUACUUACCGUGGGCCCCCGCGUCCCUAUUCUGGCCGCAGCUGGCGGCAUUGCUGUCGCCGUGGUUGCGCUGGGACGCGCGCGGCGCGGCGCGGUGGCGCGACGCGGCGCUCGCCGGCGCCGCGCGCGACAGAUACCUGCAAGACUGCGAGGACCAAGUACGAAAAACUUUGGUGGACUAUUACGAGGGUGUCUGGUACACGGAAAACGACCCGAAGAUGGCUGGCCGGCUUAUAUCGCAAGAAAACAAAUUCUCAGACGAAUGCUACAACACUCGAAAACUGGACGAGCUACCGUUCCAGCACUACCACUUAUCCAAAAACGAUCCAGAAUCAUUCGCUACAAGACCAUAUUUCACCGAACUUAGCUGGGUUCACGACAAGCUAGCGGCUACCGACUGCGGACAUUUUCUGGAAGACAUCGCUUUAGUGCACUUAGAUCCCCUGCCUGAACAUAUUGAGAUACUUAAAGAGGUUUUCGAGCACCAUUCCUACGCAUUAGACUACGACCACAGACAAUUCUAUGGCCUCCUCCGAACCACCAUGGAGAAACGCCAAAGGGAAGGCACAGAAAUCAAAUCCAAAAUAGUCCACUCAUGGGUGGAAGAAAUCUGGGAACCGCCUAUACCGACAUUCUUUCCUACCAACGAGGAGUUCUGGAAGAUAGUAGAGACGAAGGAGAAGAGAGAUUUGGCUAUGGUGGGUGGGUUUGAUAGUAAGACGUACGAUUUAAUUGUGAGAUUUGAUACGAGAGGGAAGUUUGUGGCGACGGUUUCGACGGAACGGGAGGAGAUUUGCGUUUGGGAUGUCACACAAUGCAAACUAGUAAGAAAGAUCACCGGAGUCACCCAACCAAUCAACCUGGUACCGAUCGACGAGUACCGUUGUGUGGUGCUGUGUAAACGAGAGCUGAAGGUCUAUGACCUCAAUCAGGGUAAAUUCGUGGUAUCCCUAAAAGGCGUGAUGAACCAGAAGAUGCCAUACUACGGCCUCCACGACUCCAAGCACCUUGUCGCCUUAUCGCGCAAUAGGAUGUACGUCAACCUGAUGAACAUCGAGACUGGGGACUGUGUCACCACUUUCAAGGCUGGCGAGGACAGAUUCCUGAACUCGCUCUUGGUGUCUGGCGAUGGAAGGGUGCUGGUAUGCGGAGACGAGACGCAAAAGCCGUUCCCACUCCUAGUAUGGUCACUAACGUCACGGAAACUUCUCUACGACUUACGUAUUCCGCACCAUGACUUCGUUACGUCGAAGGCUGCCAUCACGUAUGAGGGUUCAUACGUGUGCGUGGUCUCCCGAGAACUAGACGAGCCCAGCCCUAACUUCAUCGUGGUCUACGACCUCCAGUCAGGCACACUCUUCAAGAAGUGGAAGCCUGGAUGUGACACAGUAGCCCUGGCUAUCAGCUCGGCUGACGGCUGCGUGGUGUCGGGGUUGGCUGAUACUAGGAUACUGGUGUGGGAUCUAGUCACAGGGAACUGCCGCCUAACGCUACGCGGCCACGGGGCGGCUCCGGCCCGUCUCCGACUCGCCCGGGCCGGCGGCGUCCUGCUGUCAGCGGAUGACGCGUGCAGGGACCUGUCUGUGCGUCUGUGGGACCUUCAUACAGGAAAGCUAAUAGCAGUAUACACACCACCCGAACGUAUCACUUCUUGUGAGGUGCUGCUAGGAGGCUCCGUACUGGCGCUGGCGCUAGAAAACUACAAGGAGAUCCUUUGCGUCAAGCUCUGCGGGCCCCCCGUGGAUUCCGUCACGCAGGGCCGCGACGCAGAGUACGACGACCGGCCGUACGGCGAUCCGGCGCUCGAGGGCCGCACGUUCGACGUCCGCGGCGCGGAGAGCUGCUGAUCCCGUGAUGGCCGUGUCCGUAUCAGUGUCGCAUUCAGCCAUUGCUUUAGGACCUGGCUCUACACCUGCAUAGUGCGAUUCUAAAUAGGUUCGUUAGAUUGUAAAUGAACACAUAUUUAUGUACAAAAUGAUAGCUCAUGGAUGGAAUAAUGGAGAUAUGUGGAUAAGGCAACCGUAUCCGUAUUAGUAUUCAGCCACUGCUUAAUGGACCUGGCUGGGCAGUACACCUGCAUAGUGCGAUUCUAAAUCAUGAAUCAUCGUAUGUAAAAAUUCAUAUGAGGUGAUACAACCGC